AUGCUGAGGCAGAGGCUUGCACUCGCAAGCCAAACACAGUCUCUACGAGGCAUUGGCCGACGAGGUUCUUGCCCGUUGCUGCGAGCAUUGUCUACUGAGCCAUCAUUGCCGCCGAUUGAUGACGAAAGCUUGAGAAAAAUACGAGCAAUCCUCGCACAGAACAAGAAGAAAGCCACCCACGCACGCCAGUCCACCCACAACGGCACAUACGCGGCACUGCGUUCAAAAGUCACGCCCAAGAGAAUACUCUUAGCUUACAUUGCGUUCGCACUCAUAGUUUCAUACGCGUAUGAGCCGCUCAGAGAUCGUGGUGUCUUUGGUGACAUUGCCGACGCUACUAUCUUUCAUGUAAUUCCACCAAAGCUGGUCGAGCCUCCGGAUGGUGAUGGGGCCGGUGAGACGAUAUACAAACCGAUCACCCAGGAAAAUGAGAUCCGACUCCUUGUCCUCGAGCCAGGAGCCCCUGGAGACGAACUGAAAUGCCGUCUUGUCCAUGCCCAAUUGUCCUGGAGAACCAGAUAUGAAGCCCUAUCGUACUCCUGGGGGGAUGGAACCGUCACUCGUCCAUUGAGCUGCUCGGGGCGUACUGAGAUUGUUUACAUCAAUCUCCACGAUGCCUUGACAGACUUACGGCUUCCGGACCGCGAGCGUAUUAUCUGGACUGAUCGGCUCUGCAUUAACCAGUCCGACGAUGGAGAGAAAACAGCUCAGAUGAAGCUUAUGGGCGAGAUAUAUUCUCAAGCCUCACAGGUACUCAUCUACCUCGGCAAGAUGGAUUCCUCUGUCGAAGGCGCUAUAGAAGCCAUACGCCGAGUUGACUCAGAAUGGGGAGCCUUCGACUCACUAAAUCCUUUCGGUUCUUUUUACACCAUGUGGUGUCAGUUCGCAAAAGACGAAGUCAAUUGGGAUCCUAUCAUCAAUCUCCUCCGACGCCCUUGGUUCCAGCGUACCUGGGUUUUCCAAGAGGCUGUGUUAGCGAAGCGCGGUCAAGUCAUCUGCGGCGACCAGUCUAUUCCUUGGACGGCGUUCGAAAGGUCAGUACAGUACAUGGCUAACUACAAGAUCGCCUUCAAGGACAUUCCUGCCUAUACGUCGAUGGACAGCAUCGUAUCAGGCAUAUCCCUGAUUACUUCAGCGCGAUUGGCUCGGUAUACCGACUGGAAGGCCUACUUGCCGCAUGUGCGAUUGAUGAAAGGUUCGCAGCACAUUCGCCCAGCCAGCCUGAAGUUGCUCGACUUGAUCCUCGGAAGCCGCUCGCUCUCGUGCACAGAAGCCCAGGAUAAGAUCUUCGGCAUGCUUGGUGUGACGAGCCAGGAUAUACGAAGCGAGUACUUUACACACGACUCUUCCCUCUCGCCAGGGGAUGUGUUCCGCAAUUUCGUGCUCUGGGACAUUUUCCACAACGACAGCCUUCGAGCUCUUGGGAGCAGCUCAGACAAAGACGGCAGCCAGUACUCUUCGCCGUCUUGGGUACCGGACUUCACACGUCUUGAUCCUCAGAGUAGCCUGACUGGAACCAAGAAUCAUGCCAAGUUCAACGCCAGUGCAGGCCUGCCAAUGCAGGUACGGGCGUCUGACGAAGAGACUGUUCUCCAUGUAAAGGGCAGGAUAGUCGAUUCGAUCCACACAGUUGGAAAGGGAUCUACCACUUCGCCAGACACCUUUGCCGGCGAAAACGCUCAUGUUCGCCACUUCGAAUCGCUGAGUCAUCUGGCCAUGAACAAACACAUGAUUGAAGAGGCGAGGGACAUUUGGGUAGCAGCGACAAAACGGCUUGCCCAUUGUCGUGAACCCGUCAUAAUGGCUAGCAUUAAGAAGGGAUACUUAGCCGCAACAAGAGAAGAUGGUAAAACUAGCUGGGCGCCAUUCUUGCGGACUCUGGUCUGUGAUCGAACGGAUGAGGGCAGAGUGCCUUCCACAGACUUCAUCAUCGGGGAUGUUGCCUCAUUUGUUCGUCAAACUCUAGAAGUAGGCGUAAUCCCGGACUAUUUCCUACAGCUGCAAGAGGGUCGCUCCAAGGGAAUCUCUGGUCUCAGAGCGUUCCUCGCCCUAACAGAGUCACGGCGCUUUGCAGCGACUGAUGUUGGACUGGUAGGCUAUGUACCUAUGAGGGCUAAGAAGGGGGAUUUAGUUGUUAUUUUGUAUGGGUCUGAGGUGCCGUUUGUGGUAAGGAAGGAAGCUGGGGACAAAUAUUCACUUGUGGGGGAGUGCUACAUGCACGGAAUCAUGCAAGGGCAAGCCCUGAAAAUGGCAGUCUUUGGAGAUGAAGACGAAGUAUUCAGUUUCAUUUAA